AUGACUCCUUUUCUACCUGAUAACGAGAGCUAUUACGCUUUUUAUGAGGAACAGGCAAAGCUCAACAGUCACUAUAAACUGUCAUGUCAUAUUAUUCCAUUUGUAACGUUGCCAGUGUAUGCUGAAGCCUUCUAUUGUGUAUUUUAUAAAUGCAAACAUUUUAGCAAGAAAUAUGUGGUUUUACUACAAAUUCAUCUGUUUUUACAUUUCUUUGGUGAGCUCUACUGGACAAUCUUGCUCAUUCCAGUAAUUGUCAUUCCUAGCAUCGGCGUCUCUGCCGACGGAUUUCUCAGCGUUCUCAAGAUUUCUCCAAGUUGGCAAAUUAUCAUAAUGUGUGGAAUCCUACAAAUCAGCACUGCGACUAUGAUUCAUUUGCUAAUUUUUCGAUUGAAAUUUGCGAUUCCACCGAAUGCGAAAUAUCGGAGUGUUAUCAAGUACUCCGUCGACUUUUUGAAUAUAUUUUGCUACUGUACUACAAUUUUUUGUACAUGUGCAUUGGGCUUACUUGAUGAAGAUCAGUUAACCGCAAAAAAUCGGGUUUACGAGAAAUUCCCUAUACCAAAUCCGAACCUUUGGGAUGAAAAUUAUGUAACCACUGACAUUGAGAGCUACAAAUUCAAAACAUAUGUUAUUAUAUCGGUGUUGGAAAUUUUUAUACUGUGUGUACAUAUUAUUGUGAUACCAAUUGUUGGAUUCCAUUUUCUAUCAAAGAAUCAGACAGAGAAAUCGGAGAAGUUGGCAGAAGCUCACAGGAAGACUAUGCAGAUGUUGGUUUUUCAGCUAACCGUUCACUGCAUAUUCCAUCUUGUGCCAUUUGUCUGUUUCACUUGGGCAACCAUUUUUAAACAAGGAAAUAUUGGCCUUCUGUCAGGUGGAAUGUUCACGUGGGCUCUGCACGGAGCCGCGUGCACCUUGACGCUUCUCUUGGCAAAUAAGCCAUUUCGAAUGACAACGUUGAGCCAUUUGAAAUAUGUUUUUUGCUGUGGAUGCUGCAAUGGAUCGACAGCUGGAAUCUCGAAAAUGUUCCGUCAUAGAAGAGAGUCGACUGUUGUGCAAAUGAUUGAUUUUUCAACUUGAAUUUUUAUUUUUUUUUAUUUUUUAGACUUUUUCAGAAUUCCAAUUGAUAUAAACUUAUGAAACU